AUGUUCACGCACAUCUUGGAGCAAUGCAUUCGCUCUGACCAAGACCGGGCGCUCGCCCAUUCGACGCCUUAUAAUCGACAUCUCUUCGGCGCAUGGCUCCUCGUAGAGCCCCUCGAUCCAGACAAGGAGACUCUGAUCGACUAUGUCCGCCGAAAGAUGGGAGAAUACGGUAUCAUGAGGUCUGAGCCACUGCAAUCGGCAAGCGCACCUGCUCGGGCCCCUCUAGCUCAAAGUCUUGCAACCUCGCUCGAGCCUAUGUCGGCGCUUGUGGAGGCCUCUCGAUCUAUGCAGAGCGCAGGCUCAGGCCAUGCCACCUCUUUAACAAGCACGUAUCGCAGCGAUAAUGAUGAUAGGCCUCUGGUCUCAGAGCAACAACGAAAUUUGGCUGUCUGCCCGCAGCGACCAGAGCAAGCCAGCGCGAGUGAUGCCCUGGCUCAAACGACAAUCCGGGAUCAGACACAUGCGCGUUCUCAAGACCGUACGCGCGACGCUAGGCUCCAAGAUCGAAAUGAUGGCAAGCCACUCAUGCAGCCUGUGCCUGCGUAUCCAAGCCCUGCUAGCCCGACACUUGCCGAGCAGGAGCUCUAUACACAGGUCAAGACAGCAGAUACAUCUACCACCGUUCAGUCCGCACUGGCCAAGAUCGCGCCCAAAUCAGUGCCGAUCGAAUCUGGGCCGUACGAGGCUGUAAUGCGUGCAAGCUCGCAAGUGCCACCAGAUGAGAACGUUGCACCUGCCAGCAGCUUCUCUGCCAGUCGUAUGUAUGAUGUUGAUCAAGACAGCAGCGACGACGACAAGCCAUUGCCAAGACAGAGGCCAGCAGUCACGCGACAUCUGACGCCACCCGUAUCGGUCCUCGCGCCGCCAUUGACGAGUCCUCCUCGCGCGACUCGUCGACCAAGCCCAGCGCAGGAGUCGACUGCUCGCAAAGCUAGUCCUUCGCUUAUGGAGACGAUGCGAGGGCAGCCAACUAUCAGAUCCGCCGCUGAUAUCGCGGCUGCAGUCGCGUCGCGCUUGAACUCUUACAUGCCUGUGUCUGUGGUUGGGAUCGCUUCGCCGACCAGCGUGCGUCCGAGUUCUCAUUUGCUAGAGACCAGUCAGUCGACUGUGCAAAGGCCUGUCGAACUUAGUCGUCUCGCCGAACCCAUUCCGAAGCCUAUCAUUCAAGAUGCGCAGCCUAUCAUUCAAGAUGCGCAGAAUGUUGCGACAGCAGAUAGUCUGAACGGCCUGCUGUCUAGAUCUAUUGCUGCACCCUCUGAGCCUCCCAUUGCCUCAUUUCCAGCUUCAGACUCCUACGGCAUCGAUCCUAUACUGCCUCCAACCCUCGCACCCAAGCCCAUUGCUUCGACAUCGCGUUCAACACCCACGCCGCCGGCCGAGUGUGGUACACAGCCAGUCAAUGGACUUCCCCUCGCCAUCGAUGCUCCGGAGCCGCCCAUCAUCGCAAGCAAACGGCCGAGAUCGCCUUCGCCUACCACGGUAUCAGAGCCAGCGGCUAAGAGACCCUCGAAGAAAGCGCUCGAGAAGCGCAUCGCGAAGACGCAAAUGGCAGACACGAGCUCGCCAUUACUGUCAGUGGCAAUCGCUACCGCGCCGUUGCAACCUGAGCCUUUCGUGAAAACGUCCGAGACUAGGUGGCAAUCGCUCAAGCCCGACCUGGAGGCUCUGAUCGACAAAGAUGGCGUUAGCAAGAGGCCUGCUACCACAGCAAAGAAGCUCAGAGAUUUUUUAGUCGCUCAGCUUGAGGAGGUCAAAUCGCCAGAUGGCCAGCUGCUUCGCUAUUCGCUGGAUUUCAUACCUUUGAAGGAUCGCGAUCGGCUUGUGAGUGAGAUUGGCAAGAAAGGCCACGCAUCUUUUUAUGCGGCGUGGCAACCAGAAGCUGGCAAGCCUGACGAAUUAUUGGCUGGUCCCAAGAUUCUCAACGCACUGCUUUGGACGGAAAUCUAUAAUCGAAAUGCGGAUGGCAAUAUGCGACCGAUUUUCGAACACGUGUGGAAUGAGUUUACACUCAGAUGUAAGUUCAGAUCAACUGCGCAGGUCCAGCAAUUGGCAACAGGGGGCCUCAUCGUGAAGCUCAUGGAGGUGCUGAAAAGCGAUCGAGCAAUCAAAAUGACUAAGAUCCAGUCAGGGCUUUUCAAGAAAUAUCGGCAAGGCAUGAAAGAUUUCAGGACAACAGUCGACAAGCUCUUCGCCGGUGAAAGUAAUGGCGCGCGCUCAGAUGGUCAGCGGCUUCAAACUGAACUCAAAAUGGACGAAGAGGACGGGUCCAAGUCUAACGGAGACAGUGUCAAGAUGACUAAGGUCUCAUCUACCGCGCAAAAACGCAAGGCUGAUCAGCCGAACAAUACGCCUGUAGCAUCUACAAGCGCAGCUAAACUACCUACGAUCAAGAAAAAGCCGACAGUUGUAGAGCCCGUCAACAAGCUCGAGGAGAUCCUUCGACUACAGCGCUCACAGAGGCGAGAAGAGACGGACGCUGGUCAAGAGAUGCCGAAUAAGAAAGUCAAGCUGGCAAAGAGGGUCAGAUGGGCUCCAGACGACAAGCUCGAGCAGAUUCAAAUCUUUCGUAGUGAAGAACCAUACGAGAUUGCUGUCAAUCCAGCUCAGCAAGACGCAGGACCUGGGGUGCCGGAGGACGAUCCGAUCUUCGCGAUGCCAGAAGGCAAAGUUCUCAAGCAGCAGCAUCAGAUGGAGGCAGCGGCAGAAGCAAAGCAGGCGGAUGCAGAAGCGAAAGAGGAAGCUGAGCAGGCCACACCAGCAGACGCGGCGCAUAAGGAGCAUUUGAGGCAAGAACUCGCCCAAGAGGUGGGACGCCAGAACGCAGUCAUAGACGAAGUAGAUGGUCAGCGAAAGAUCGUUGCCCUAGGUCAAGAUCUUGCCAUCCUUUGGGUAGAGCCACAGAAUGUGUUGGUGAGCGAGGCCGUCAUCGAGUCGUGGGAAUCCGUCUUGACAGAGGACUCUGGUAUACAAGAGAGUGUCUAUCAAGAAGCGCGGGAAGCCACUACGCCAGCCCUAGAAUACCACUACGGCGACGCAGUGGCACCCAGCGCACAGGAGCCACGUGAUGGACCUGCUAAUCCGGGUGCGGCGCCCACCCGAGAGAUGUCUCUUGGACCGGAGCUCCUUGCAUUGCCUGAGAUCGGUCGACAACUUCAAAGGGCCCGUGCAUCCAUGAAGGCCGCCGCUACAGCACAAGCUCGGCUGCCGACUCCGAGAGCUCUGCAGCCCGCCAGAGCUACAUCUCCGCCGAACGCUACAAGAGACACGACGGCCGCAAAUAGACGUGACCGGAAUGAGCGAACACAGAGUCCUGAGUCGCGCUUUGUGCCGCGCAUUGAUGUAGCGCAUCCUGUAGGACCGCAUGACCGAGAGCGAGAUCAGACUAGCUGGUCUCACGAUAGAGGAAGCUACGUUGCCGGUCGAUCAUUACAGGACCGUCAAGCUUCGAGACCUGACGCGUAUUCGCACUAUCCGCGGCAAUGAUGCAUGCAUAUCGUUGACAACAACAGCGGACGGUGCGGCGCGUGCAGAUUAUCGGGCAGCUUGCUGAGCGGGUGACUGAGCAUGCGAGGGUGUGGCGAC